AAGAGACCCCCGGCUCAACGUCGAAAGUUGCAUUGCUUGACUAACUGCUACUUCAUUAAUUAAAGAAGCGCAGACAGUUUAGAGAUCCAUUUUGAUUUAUUCCAUCACACCCCAAAGCCAAAAAAUGGUGAAAUUUUGGCUCCAUCGGAGAUGAUGGAAAAAUAAUGACUAUCUAUACAUGAUUGUCAAUUGGUGUUAAAAUGGGAGGAAGUAUAACUUCUGACAACGAAUGGGAGUUCACAUCUUCUUGCUCCAAUGAUGACAGAACUUUAGUCUUAGUUGGAAAAACCGGGAACGGGAAAAGUGCGACUGCUAAUAGUAUCAUCAGGAAGGCAGUGUUCAAGUCGAGGUCUAGCCCAGCUGGUGUCAUCACCACAUGCGAGCUCCAGCACACAUUUUAUGAUGGGCAGGUCAUUAAAGUCAUCGACACUCCCGGCUUGUUCGAUUCUUCUGCUGACAAUGAAUUAAUCAGAAAGGAACUUGUUAAAUGCAUUAACAUGGCAAAGGACGGUAUUCAUGCUGUUCUUGUAGUGUUCUCAGUCAAAACUCGCUUUUCAAGAGAAGAAGUAGAGGUUAUUCGGAGCUUGUGUGAAUUUUUUGGAAACAAAUUGAGUGACUACAUGAUUGCAGUUUUCACUAAUGGAGAUGAACUUGAAGUUCUCCGAAUGUGUGGGAACAGGAAAUUGCUUUUUGACAACAUCACAGAAGAUGAAACAAAGAAAGAUUCACAGUUGAGGGAACUUUUUGGACUUGUAAACACAAUGACAAAUCUUAAUGGUGGAAAACCUUACACGAAUGAGAUAUUCUCCGAGUUGAGGGAAGGAGCUAUUCACAUCCCCAUUCAAGCUGCAGGGUGGGAUGAUAAAAUGCAGAAAGCUUAUGAUGCCAAACUUAUCGAGCGUAUCACUGAAAUGGUGGAGACAAAGUUGAGGGACUUGAGAGAAACCACACUUAAGCUCAAGGAGCAAUUGGAGAAAGAGCAAGAAGCUCGUUUACAGGCUGAGAAAAGCACAAGAGAAGCCCAAAAGGAAUCGAACGAAGAGAUUCGUAAGCUAAGGGAGAGUCUGGAGAGAGCACAAAAGGAAACCGAGAAGCUCCGCGAUGAAGCAAAAGAAAGAGAGGAGAAGCUCCGCAGUUGCUCUAUCCUGUGACAAGAAUUCUGUGAGUGUUUAUAUCAAUUCGUUGGAAAUCAUGCUUUUUCUUUCUUGCCAACAACUCUUUUGCCAACACUGUUGGGGAUGAAAGAAUUGGGUACGGUCAUAAGUAGAUUUGGGAGUCUUUUUUGCCUUAAAAGAUUUGGGUCAUAGGUGCUUUUUUGUGGGUUGCGCCUAGUAGUUAGAGUCCAUUUGUAAGCUUCGUUUGUCUAUGAUCAAACUUCUUUAUGGUAUUAUUACUUUUUUGUCCAUAAUUUAUGAUUGAUUAAGUUGGUCAACUUUAACUCGAAAAAAGUUAAACUGAGUAAAUAUUUUAGAAUAGA